GGAUCCCGCCCUCCGCAGAGCUGGGAAGGAGCGGGAAUGCUCAGGCCGGGAGCCGCAGGACAGCACAGCCCAGCGGGAGAAGGGCGGAGGGCACUGCGCUGUUUUCCAGAGGAAAUCCUGGAGCAGAAAGUUGCGCCAUGUUUAUUUUUUCACGGAAAGCCGAUGCCUGCGGCAUAGGAAUGCGGGAGAGGGGGAAGAUCCUGCGUGUCCAUCCUUGCUUUGUCUUUCGCUUUAAAAGGUCUGGAUCUUCCCGGUCAUCUGAUCCAGGUCAAGUAGGACUUUCCGUUGGCAACGUAUCCCACCGGAGUAUCUUCCCACAGUGGCUUCUUUCCCCCAGCAGGAAGUAGUGAGGCUCCUUCAAUCCUUGGAAUACUGAAAGGUUGACUCCAUUGCCACUGCUCUCCCAUCCAUGGAUCACCUCCCACCAUGAGCAUGGAUGCCGAGCAGCUCCUGGCAGCCGGAAUUCCCCUCUGGAGCAUCUCCAGCUGGGCCAGCUCUGAGCCGCCCCCCAACAGCAGCAUGGCAGCAGCAGUGGUGGCGGCAGUGGGAGAGGCCAGCCGGCCCCCAGCCACCCUGGAGCACGGUGGGAGUGCGGCGGAGAUUGUGGGCAUGGUGGUGCUGCAGUGCAUCUACGGCCUGGUGUGCCUGCUGGGGCUGCUGGGCAACGCGCUGGUCAUCUUUGUCAUCCUGCGCUAUGCCAAGAUGAGGACAGCCACCAACAUUUACCUGCUCAACCUGGCCAUCGCUGAUGAGCUCUUCAUGCUCAGCGUGCCCUUCGUGGCCACAGCGGUGGCACUGCAGCGCUGGCCCUUUGGCCACGCGCUCUGCCGGACCGUGCUGGGCGUGGACGGCCUCAACAUGUUCAGCAGCGUCUUCUGCCUCACCGUGCUCAGCCUGGACCGCUACAUCGCCGUGGUGCACCCACUGCGUGCUGCCUCCUACCGCCGCCCGCGCAUCGCUAAGCUGGUCAACGGUGGUGUGUGGUUGCUGGCGCUGCUGGUAGCUUCACCCAUCCCGGUGUUUGCCGGCACAGCGGUCACCCGCGAUGGCCAUGCGGUGGCCUGCGACCUGCUGUGGCCCAGCCCGGCGUGGGCCGCUGCCUUCGUGGUGUACAGCAGCGUGCUGGGCUUCGUAUUGCCUGUGGUGGCCAUGGCACUGUGCUACCUGCUGCUGGCCGGCAAGAUGCGCGUGGUGGCGCAGGGCAUGGGCUGGCAGCAGCGUCGGCGCUCCGAGGGCAAGCUGACACGCCUGGUGGUCACUGUGGUGGCCAUGUUUGUGGUGUGCUGGCUGCCCUUCUACGUGGUGCAGCUGCUGGAGCUGCUGCUGCCCGGCCGCCUGGAUGCCAGUGCCCACAACGCUUCGCUGCUGCUCAGCUACUCCAACAGCUGCGCCAACCCCAUCCUCUAUGGAUUGCUCUCCGAGAAUUUCCGCAACUCCUUCCACAGCGUGCUGCGCCGCUGCCGCGACACCGGCCUCUGCUGCUGCCACACUGACAAUGGGGACGGAGGGGACAGCGAGGAUGAGGAGGAGCCGCUGGAUUACUGCGCUGCACCCCGCGGUGACACCAAGGGCUGCGUGUGUCCCCCCCUGCCCUACCAGCAGGACGCCCUGCGCCCCCAGCCCUGCUGCGCGCACGGGGCCCUCCUCCCCAAAACCACCCCCUUCUAGGGGAUCCCAAAAUCGGGGAUGAAAGGGGAUGCCAGAUGGAGAGGGCCUGCAAUGCUGGGUCCGAUUACCGGUUGUGCUGCGCCACUCUCUGAAAUAAAAAGCCAUAAGACUGGCCUGGGAUGGAGCAAAUUCCA